GAUAAUCGCCGAGUGCCAGGGCUGCAGAGCACGGCUCAGCUGUCGAUGUAUCGGGAUGCAUCGAAGUAUCGAGUUGGCAUAAAAGAAUCUGGUCUUCGUGUCGUGUUAUUCAUUCCUUAAUUGCGCCUUGCUUUAAUUUGUGGGUGAGCGAAAUCGGAGCUCGGCGACAUCGCCAGUUGUGCAAUACUGACUCCAGCGGUAUCUGUUAAUCCCCAACCACUUGGCAAACGUCUUUUCUUUCCUCCCGGGCCACAUACUUGCAGAUUUGCUGACUUUGUCGUUGGAGUAUUCAGUUCGAGUUUAACGACCACAAUGAAUCGCCAGGCGAAAUUCCUAAUCUUGUGCCUCUUUGUGGGCCUCUUCUCCGCGAAUUUGUGCGACGAAGUGACCACACCGUCUCCAGCGGACAGCACCACCCAGGAUUCCAAGAACACCACCACUCCGCCGGACACCACCACCACUGUGACGCCACCGUCGACCUCAACAGCGAGCACCACAACUGAGAAGACCACGGCGACGCCACCACUUACCACAACGACUGAGAAGACCACGACUACUCCAGCCAGCACCACCACCACCAGCAGCACCACUCCGGCCAGCACCACCACUCCGGCCAGCACCACCACUCCGGCAACGACCACCACCACGCCUGGAACUACAACUUCGACCACUCCGUCUCCGAACUCGACCACAACUACGCCGCCGCCACACACAUCAACCACUCCGGCGCCGAAGCCCGUGCCGUGCGGCCAUUUCGAUGGAUCCUCGUUCAUUGGCGGGAUUGUGCUGACUCUGGGCCUGCUGGCCAUCGGCUUGGUGGCCUACAAGUUCUACAAGGCCCGCAACGAGCGCAACUACCACACCCUUUGAGCCGCCACCGCCUUUACGUCGGCCUUCAAUGCGGCAGCCGGAGCUGCGGCGGCCAGCAGCAGUGCCGCAUCCACGGAUGCGGAGCGCGUGCGGUUUGUCCAGCCUUCGAUACCGCUAAGGUCGCCGCCAACGCAGCCGCCACCACCACCACCCGCCCACAUGGGUGGCAGUGGUGGUGGUGCGGCUGCAGCUCCACAAAACUGCUCGCCAUCGGCCCGAGAUCGGUUGCUGCACACGUAAUUUAAACGCGGGGAGCCACACCAUAUUACCCAAUAUAAUUAAUAUCCAAAGAGAUGCCCUAUACCCCGAUUCCCCAACAAAACACACACACACAGAGAUACAAACGGCAGUCAAGUAAAGUCAGUUCUUAAAUUGAAACGAUAA